AUGGUCAAGUAGGUAGUAACUCAGCUACAACAAUCAACAGCAUACACAGGAAUCAAAAUGGGCGCUCUAGAUCACAUCUCAGAGCUCUUUGAUUGCUCCUACACCAGCUCCAAGCUAAAGAAGAAGCGCAAGCAAUUUCAGACGGUGGAGGUGAAAGUGAAGAUGGACUGCGAAGGGUGUGAGAGGAAGGUGAAGAAAUCGGUGGAGGGGAUGAAAGGGGUGACGCAACUGGAGGUGGAUCGAAAGGCCAGCAAGGUCACUGUUUCAGGCUACGUUGAACCCUCCAAGGUGGUGGCUCGCAUCGCUCACCGCACCGGCAAGAGGGCAGAGUUGUGGCCUUACGUGCCAUACGACGUCGUUGCUCACCCUUACGCGCCCGGUGUGUAUGACAAGAAAGCACCUACUGGUUAUGUUCGAAACGCCGAUUGGGACCCUCAGGUGUCCAACCUCGCACGUGCCAGCUCCACCGAGGUCAAGUACACCACCGCUUUCAGCGACGAAAACCCCGCCGCAUGUGCCGUCAUGUGAUUUUAAUUGUCCUGUCUUAAUUUCUCUCUCUCUCUCUCUCUCUCUUUUUGGUUUCCUUUUUUCUUGUAGCAGAUUAAAGAAAAAGAAAAAAGUAUAAUAGGUAAGGUGUUCAGGGGAACGCUAUUAAAGUGAUGUUGGAAAAUUUGUUAAUCUUGAUUGUAAAUUACUACUAUUCUGAUUUGAAGAAGGGUGCUCAGUUUUUGUUUUUUUUUUUUUCCUUUUCUUGGAUUGUUUCUGACUAGUUACAGCGUGUAGAUACUGAAACACUUUGCUAAAUUGAGCCAUUUGAAUUGUUUUAUUUAGUGUGAAAAGAUCGUACUGCAUGUGAUGAGUCAUCGUGAACUGAUGGUUUCUUUUGCUCCUGUAAUGUGUUCGUGUUUCUCUGUUGUUUAACAGAAGUCUCGUAAUAGAUUUUAUAAUAAAGCAUAUAUUGAGUAAAAAUAUAGGAAGAAAAAGAACUUGCAGGAAAAUAUCUUGAUUUGUGAGGAUGAUAUUGUUGUGCUUUAAUUGAAGGAUAAAUGCAAGCAUAUACAAAUCGUAAUUGAAAAUUAGUCAUCUCUGUUAUCAAUAACUAAAUGAAAAAUGUCUUAGUAUAGUGAAUAAUCAGUUGAAAACUAUGAAUAAGUUCAGACGAACAAUAAUAGGCAGUGCAGAGUUCUAAUUUAUCAUACAAACUCAUGAUUCAAAUGAUUGGUAGUGUAUAGAAAAACAAGUUAACCUAAUUCAUUAUAUGAUUGGUAGCAUGGGUUGGUUUAUGUGUGUGUGUAUAAAGUGUCUGAACCAAAGAUGAUCUCUUUUAAUAAAUUAUAAUUAUGAAUUUUAAAAAAUAUAUUAAAUAUGAAAAUUUUUAACAUUUUUUUCUGAAAAUUAAGUUAGGGUAUAUAACUUUGAUUUUUCAAAAUAGAUUCAAAGUAUAUAUUAUAUAAUGCCUAUGGUCACCAGUAGUCCUGAAACCAUUACAACCAGAAUAGCAAUCGUUUCCUGCUUUGUUUGCUUUGCUUUUAUUCCCUUGUCAAAGGACCCUCGCCCCACUCUAAUGAGCAACAACGAGAAGAGUAAAAUAAAAUACUACACUGUAA